AUGGGAAACCAGCUCUGGUAUGACAACCUGGGGUGCUGCCAUCAAUACCAAGAAAGUAGCCAGAAUGCCGAGGACUUCCUACUCCUGCUGUUGGGCCUCGUCAUUCUUGUCAACAUUGGGAUCAACGUGGCAACCGUGAUAUGGCAUGGGCUCCAGAAUGCCUUAGACAAGACCUUCGGUUGGAUUAAUCAGAAAAAUGAAAUCUUGCAGGCUUGUGAAAGUUUCCCCCAAAAUCCUCCAGCCAAGGCCCAAGACGUCCACAUCCACUGCACCCUGGACCCUGUAGAAAUGAAAAUGGCCCCGCCUACUUGCUACUCCUCUUCCUCCUGCCAUCAACUCUGCAACCGCAAUCACCACAGCAGCAGCAGCCGCCACAACCGCCGCUGCCACCACCACCGCCGCCGCCCCCACCCCCACCGCUGCCGCCGCAGCCGCCGCCGCCGCCCCUGCAGCCACCAGCAGAGGCCAAAGAACCACAGACGAUUGCCCCACAGCACCUCAUUCUUCUGUAGGCCACAUCGCGGCCACAAAAUGUCACAGCUGCGGCCGAAGCCCUCCUAUAAGAGGGAGGACCUGGACUCCUACCUGGAGGAGGAGGAUGACCUUUCCUUCCCACAUCCCAAGUACCAUCGAGGGGGCUGGGGAGGGCUCUACCAGCAGAUGGGCCUGCCCUCCAACAUGAGGCUGUGGGGUCGCCAGGGUGGGAUCCUAGCCAGCCUGCCGCCACCGCCCUCUCUCUACCUGUCACCGGAACUGCGCCGCAUGCCCAAGCGUGUGGAGGCCAAGUCGGAGCUAAGGCUGCAGUCCUACAGGACCCCCUGCUCAUCAUCCCACAUCUGGGGCAACAUGGAGACCGAGCAGUGGGUCUCAUCUCCACCGCCUCCCCGAAGGCUGCCCCCUAACCCCACCUGGGUGCCUGGGGGCCACAGCCCUUACGCCUCAAGGGGCCAGCUCCUGUAUGACUCCUGGGAUCAGCGGCGGCGUGGUCUGGAAGGCUCUGAGCCUCCAUCCGCCCUCGUGACCCGGGGCUCCCGGCCGGAAGCCCGGGAGCAUUACUCCCCACAGUCUCACCGGCGGAGCCUCCCUGGCCAUGCUUACGUUCAGCCCAACCGCAGCCCCCACCCAUCCACAGGUCACCUGAACUACUCCCGGGAUCCCCACGAGGUCCGGCGCCAGGCGGCUGAAUGGGCUGAGGCGCUGCCCCCACGGCACCCUCUGACCACCUCCACCUCCCUCACUGUGUUGGGUGAGGCCUCGUACCAGCGGGCCCCGGCGCCCAGCUCAGCCCUGCUCCUCCAAGCCUCCCAGCAUCUGCCAGAAGUCCAGGCGACUGAGCCUCCCCCGCCCUCGCCCACCUUCAUGCCACUCAGCCGGACCCCAGGGGGCAAUGCCAACUACCAGGUGUAUGACAGUCUGGAGCUGAAGCGGCAGGUGCAGGAGAGCAGAGUGAGGGCCAGCUCUCUGCCGCCUUCCACCUCAGCCUCGAGGCCUUCUCUGCAUAGGAGCCGGACUGGGAAAAUUAACUGA